AUGGCGCACGGGGAAGGGCUCCAGGGGCCGGGCGCGCGGCCAGGGCGGACGGUAUCGGGGAAAGACGCGGGGGAUGGCGGGAGGAGCGGCGGAAUAUUCGGCGGAGAUCGAAGGGUGGUGGAAGAGAAAGUGGCGGAGGUGGAUUGCUACUGUUCGGGGACACGUGGCGACAUGAGAUUGGCUGCUUCGGUGGAAGGGAUGACGGGCCCCAGCAGAAGCCAGCGGCAACACGCGCAUCACCACCACCACUUAGAAGCAGCGCGGACCACUCCCAUGCCGCCCGCUGCUGCUGCCCCGCCGUGUGCCACUGCCUGUGCUGGCGCCUGUGGGUUGGAGUGUAGGCGGCAGAGCAGGGAGGUGGAAGGCGCGCCGUUGUUGACUGCAGCAGCUAGAAAUGCUGGCACGUGCACGUCUGGGCAGCAGGGGCUACAGGGGCAAGAGGGGAAACAGCAGCAGCAGCAGCAGCAGCAGGGGCAGCGGAGCAGCAGGGGGAGUGAGAGGCAUGGGUUUCGAGUUUUGGCAUGUGCAGCAGUGCGUCUGUGCGUGCUGCUGCUGGCCCUCCUGUAUCUUCUCCUGCUGCUCUCACUGCUCGUACUGGCCCCCACCCGCCACGCUGCACGGUCUUCCCUCCUCUCUGCCCUCCGCCUGCUUCCCCGCACUCCGUCCCCCUCGCCCCCUCCUCUUGCCUCCCGUCCCCUGCCGUCGCCCCCCCUCGCACCACCCUCUCACCCCACCAACCCCCCCGCACUGGCCUCGCCUGGGUGUGUGGUGGGGCGAGGCGGCAAUGGGUCAUGCAGCAGCCACUGCUGUGUGGACACGUGUGCUGCUGGGAGCCUUGCUGACCUUGCCUGUUUCAGGAGGGAGUUGACAGAACAGCAUGGGUUGCAUGGGCAUGGGCAUGGGUAUGGGCAUGGGCAUGGGCAUGGGCAUGGGCAUGGGCAUGGGCAUGGGCACGGGCAUGCGCAUGCACAUGGGCAUGGGCAUGGGGGGUUGGGCGAGGAGGGCGAGAGGGAUCGGUCGUAUGCGGAGGACUGCUGUGUGUUCACAUGGGAGAAGCCCCACAAGAUGCACAACGUGGCAGUCACGGUGUGGGACGAGUUCACAGUGGCGCAUGCGGUGGGGUGGUGUGCCAAGGCGCUCAUCAUCCGCGACCGCCGCAUGCUGCUGCUGCUCUCCACCGCCUUUGAGCUCACCGAGCGCAUGUACAGGCAUCUGUUGCCCAACUUCAACGAGUGCUGGUGGGACUCCAUCAUCCUCGACAUCCUGCUCUGCAACACUCUCGGCAUGGAAGUGGGCCUCUGGCUUCUCCAAGUGUGCCACAUGCCGCGCUUUGAUUGGUUCGCCGGCGUAUCGUCUCUCAUCGCCCACAAGGCACCCUCCUUUCCGCACCUCAUCUCCGCCACUCGCCAGUCCCUUGUGGCAGCACUGCUCUUCCUCCUCGUGCUAGCAGCGGACCUCUGUGCUUUCUUUCUCAAGCACUGCCUCGCCCUGCCACCACUGCACCCCUUCAACUCCCUCCGCCUCUGCCUCUGGGCCGCGCUCUCCCUCCCCGCCGCGCACUGCCUGCACUCUCUCCUGCACUCGCCCUCCCUCGCCUGCUCGUGCCCCUCGGCGUGUGCUGCAGGGCGGGUGAGGGGGGAGGCGUCGGGGGAGAAUGGAGCAGCGCGGGGUGAAGGGGAGCAGAAAAGGAGGGAGAUUGGGGGCACACCGUUCCUCAUCCUCGCACUGCUGCUCUGUAUCUCCGAGAUUCUUGUCUCACUCAAGUUCUGCCAGG